AUGGAGCAGCAAUACAAGAAGUUUCUAGAAGUCUUCAAAAAGCUCCAUAUCAACAUCUCACUAGCCGAUGCACUCUUCCAGAUGCUUAGCUAUGCGAUGUUUCUCAAGGAUAUUCUAUCAAAUAAAUGCAAGUUGGAGGACCAUGAGAUAGUAAUGCUUAUAGAGGAAUGUAGUACCAGAAUCCAGAAAAAGCACCCACCAAAAUUGAAAGAUCCAGGGAGUUCUACUAUUCCUUGCAUUAUUGGUGAAGUUUAUUUCGAUAAAAUGGCUAAAAGUUCACUAACACAUCCUAGAGGAAUAAUUGAAGAUGUGCUUAUCAAGGUUGAAAAGUUUAUAUUCCCUGUGAAUUUCCUCAUAUUGGACAUGGAAAAAGACAAGGACGUCACGUUGAUACUCGGCAAACCAUUUUUGGCGACAGGGAGAGCUUUGAUAGAUGUUCAAAGAGGGUAG